AUGAACAAGAUUAAACAGAUAAACCAGAUAAACCAGAAGGAAUUGGCCUCGAAAUCGAUAUCAUAUAAAUCCUCAUGGCAUUACGAUUACAGAGAUACCAAUUACAUUUAUAUUGGGAACAUACCUCAAUCAAUAACUGCUAAGGAAUUAAUUGUGAUAUUUAGUCAAUAUGGAGUACCGACACAUCUUAAUUUGGUAGGUGAUAAUAGUGGAAAAGAAGGCGAAGGUGGCGAAGGAGGCAAAGGAGGACAUCGUGGAUUUGCGUUUUUGAAAUAUGCCAAUUUCAAAAGCUGUAUAUUGGCGAUUGACAAUUUUAACGGUAUUAAACUUGGUGAUCGAAUAUUGAGAGUAGAUCAUAAUUAUUACAAAUUACAUGCUAACGAACGAGAAGACGAUUAUUUGAUUGAUUAUCGAGAGAUUGAAUGCGAGGUUAAGAGGGAGGCUCUAGAGGGAGAUACGAAGUUGUUGAUCGAGGAUCAAAGGGAGGAGAAGGAGGAGAAGGAGGAUGAAUUUGCUGACCCAAUGGAACAAUUUAUAAAGGAUAGCAAGAAACAGUCAAGUAAUCGAAAAGAUCGUCGGCAUAAAUCGCAUAGGUCGUCUGGUACCAAGAGAGAAAGAACGAGGUCACCUUUGAGGAGGAGAGACAUGUCGAGAUCACCGUCGAGGUCACCAUUGAGGACACCAUCGAGGUCACCGUCGAGAGAUAGGACUUAA